GACAUUAGAUUGAUGAAGGCCAGGAGCAGAAGUGCGUGUGCGUCUGUGGUCCGUCCGAUCGGGCAUCGGACGGUCCAGAUGGCGCGGGAGGUUAUGGCUGGCGUCUUCGUGCGGCGGCCGCACCACACCCACCCGUUGCGUUGCGGCGGCCUCUCUCUCUCUUUCUCUCCUCUCUCUCUGCGGCUGCGCGGUCUCCACGGCGCGGCGAGGCAGCGGCGGAGGGAUGGUGGGCUCGGCCGCGUACUCCGCGGCGUCGGCCAUCGUCGUGGUGAUGGCCAAGGGCAAGGGGCGGGGCGGCAGAGGCGGCCCCUCUGGCGCCAACAAGGUUUCUGAGCGACGGCCUCCUAGGAUAACUUCCAAUGUGAAGCAGAGCUUGAGGAUUCUAAAAUUUUGGAAGGAUUAUGAAAGGAGGCAAACAAGUGGACCUCAGCCUGCUACUCGGUACCGCAAAAAGAAAGUAAUAAAAGAAGUGCUUCCUGAUGACACAGACUUCUACGAUGAUGCUUCUUCCACUCUUCACUACACAAAUCAGGGUUUGGAAAUUGCUUCCCCGGUUAUUCUUGUGGACGGUUAUAAUGUAUGUGGCUACUGGGGAAAGCUUAAGAAGGACUUCAUGAAUGGAAGGCAAGAGAUUGCAAGACAAAUGCUCAUUGAUGAGCUAGUAUCUUUCAGUGCAGUAAGAGAGAUAAAGGUUGUAGUAGUAUUUGAUGCUGCAGCCUCUGGGCUUUCUACACACAAAGAAACCUAUAAAGGGGUUGAUGUGGUAUAUUCUGGUGACUUGUCUGCUGAUUCUUGGAUUGAGAAGGAGGUUGAAGCUUUGGUGGCAGAUGGAUGCCCGAAAGUCUGGGUUGUAACAUCUGAUGCAUUGGAGCAACAAUUGGCACAUGGAGAAGGUGCUCUUAUUUGGAGCUCUAAAAGAUUGGUCAAAGAGAUAAAAGAAUCAGAAAAGGAGCUUGAUGAAGAGCUGAAGGAAACCAGAUCAACAUCGUUGCAAGGGAAGCUUUUUCAGCACAAGCUGAAACCUAAAGUAGUGCAUGCAUUGAAAGAUCUCCGGAAUAAGCUUGAAGAAGAAGAGCGGAGAAAGAGGUGACUACAGUGUGACUGUAUGACCUAGAGGCAUGAACAAAUGGCUAACAACCGCACCUGGGCAUGAACAAGUUUGUAAAAUGGCUGACAACCUCACUUGCUGCCUUGCAUUGGAUCCGUAGGGCAUUGACAUGAUGUAAGAUAGGAUCUGGUUUUUUGUAAAGACCCCGUUUGGACUUCGUAGAGAGAGGCUUCAAGAGGUUAGGCAUGCUUUUGCAUCAGAACAAUUUUGCAAGCUGCAGAGAAGAAAGGCAUGAACUGUACAACAAUGUAAAUAUCAGCAGAUUCCUCUAAAUCAAGCUCAACUAACGAGAUCUUGGCAGGAGAUCA